AUGUCUUCAAGGACUAGCAUUGACUCCGAGCGUGUCGCUCUCUCUCAGCCAAGACACAUGAUCCAAGGACUCUCAAAUAUGGCCUCAAGAACCCACCAGGAUGAUGAUUUAUCGAGCCAGGAUUCCGCAUCCUUGUGCUCCAGUGUCUCCACUGGCCACGGAAUUCCCCAGGACAUGAAAGACUGGAACUUGAACCCAGAAUCUCUCGAGCAGGCCACUUCUUCCAAGGACUCCCCACAGGUGCACAUGCUUUCUUUCUCACUAUCGCAGCCCUUGAUGACCCCAACGGUCGGGCCCAACGAUGUGAUGUACCCAAGCAUGGACUUCCCAGCAGUCUCUGACUUGCAAGACCACAAUGAAAUGCCCCGGGAUUUUUACUCUUUCGUUGAUAUCUCUGCCAUGGAUCACGAUGCCUCUGGAAUGCAAUCCAGCACUCCAGAUGAUGCGCUCUCAGUAGCACACAGCACCGAGGACGGCCACUUCCUUGGUCACGAUACGUGGAGCAUGAUGCCUGAAGCUCACUAUCCUGGAACAACCCUGGACCAGCUUUCUUCAAGUCUUUUCCAGACCGUUCCGGUCUCUCCCCCACUGACGGAAGCCAGUAAUGAUAUUUCUGUUACUUCCUCAUGUUCCCAUCCCGGAUUUCCUUCAUUCAUGGCCCCCGAUGAAUCCAUGAUCGGAGAAUACACCUCACCCCUUGGUAGCCACGGAAUCAACCCAGCGGAACCCCUGUUCCCAAAUGCUUCCCCUUUGAGCGACAAAGACCCCAACAGGACUAUUCGACCUUCCAAGCCAGCUCGCCGUGGAACUUUGUCGGGCGCCCAGCCCCAGGUUAAGUCCGAGGAAUUCUUCUCUCCAUUGCCCGCGCGAGAGCCGGUUCGCCAACGAUCCAAGGAUGGUGCUGAGGCCCGUAACCCCCGGGAGCACCAAUACUACUCUCUCCCCACCCAUAGUGAUGGAAAGUACUACUGCCCUUUUGCCAAUGGAGACAAGCCAUGCAACCACCCGCCUACCACGCAAAAGUGCGCUUAUCACCUUACCGUUGCAAGGUCCCCGCCUGUAUGGAUGCCCAGCUGCGUUUCUCCUCAAAUGCAUGCCUCUUCCGCCACGAGCGUGAAGCCCAUGGACUCCACGGCCACGGCGACAACCCCCACCUUUGCCUGUGGGAAGGAUGCGAACGCUCUGUUCCUGGAUAUGGAUUCCCGCGUAGAUGGAACCUUUUCGACCACAUGCGCCGUGUGCAUGACUACACCACCUCGGAGCGCCACAGCUCCCCCUGAGACCUCCCCCACCGGCCCGGCCCCCAAGAAGAAGGAUACUUCGGGUGGAAUCCGCAAGAGAAGAGUCACCGGCCCUACUCCUGCUCCGGCCAUGAAGCGCACCCGCUCCAUCCACUCCCAGAACGGUUCGGUCAAGGCCACCCCCAACACCGCCCAGCAUGGACAGCGCCUGCGAACCGCCGAGCACAACUACUUCAAAUGCCGCGCCCGCCUCCUCUCGGAGCUGGAGAAGAUCACCCCCCCAGGAUACUUCGAUGCACGAGAAGGUCAAUGCCAGUCUCCAGGAACUCUACACUCUCGGUCUGAGCUACCGCCAUAUCGAGGCCAGCCAGGUUGCUUCCCACCUCCCCAACGGACUUUCGCCCGUGUGAAUUUCCACAGGGGAUCUGUAAAUCACGGUCUUUGUAAAGUCGAAGAAAGUGGUUUGCAGUUGCUUCGCUGCUUCAUCAUCCCAUCCAAAGGUCGCUAUCCUCUGGCUCCCUUGCAGCCAUACCCAGGAUUGCCUUGCGUUGCCUUGCUUUUAAACACCGGAAAGGACGUUUUCGACCAAAAUUCCCCCCAUGGACAGCCUUGCUUUUAA